AUGCCACCAUCGGAAGCGGAGGUUCUAUCAGCUUUGAUACUUCUUCGUGAUACGCCGAAUGAACUUAUCAACUCUCAUCGUGGGGUGGCUCUCCAGACUUUAGAGCAGAUCAGACAAGCACUCAAUAAGGAACGGAUUGAAGAUGAGACGUGUCAAAACAGUGUCGACGCAGAAAACACUCGUGGAUCUGUACGUGACGUCGACAUUGCAGAAGCUCGGGUUUCCCAAAAAGUUGACUCUACGCGCACCACAAAUCCAAGCCCACCCACUCAAAUGAACAACCCUUUAAGCUUACUAGCUUGUGGUAUCUCUAAGCCACUUUCAAAUGCUACGAAGAAAAGGAAACGCCAAGUGAUUAACGAUCCUCUAUCUGUCACCAUAAUCAAAUCAGUGAAAGAGAAGCUCUCUCUAAUCCGCGAAUUUUGCAAGUCUAGAGCUUCUCUUUCCGAGAUUCUGCAAACCGAGCAAGAGAUACAGUUCGCAGAUAAGAGAAUUGAUCAUUUGAAACAAAUUGAUGGCAACAAAAAUCCAAGUGAAGAACAAAAGCUUUUGAAAGGAUUGAGUCAACUAUCCCUUGCUCAACAAUUUAUGAACUGGGAAACUGAACGAGGUUGGAAGACUAGAGCCAAUGUCCUUUACGAUCAAAUCCAGGAGAAUGGUGCCAAAGGUCCAUCCGAUUCUAAGAGACCUGCUCGUAAUAUGACUAGAUUUGUCAGAGACCACGGCUACCCUGAACCAGACCAAAACGUUGUGCGAAAAGGAAUCCAAAGAGGGACAAACCAGCUGUUGUUUCUAAAGGUCUUAAAGAGCAGUUCGACCUCCCCUGCUCAAAAGGAAGCUGUCAGAGGGAUGUUAGCUCCCAUCACAAUCUUUGAAUAUGCUUUGUUCCAGAAGAUUGGAGUGUCAGAGCUACCAAUGCUCGCACAAUCUGUGCUCCAAGAACACGAACAGUCGGGAUUUCUUCCUGAAGGACAAAGCAAUGAGGCAAUAACUUUACUCGAAUCAGCACAGUUGAUUUCACCGUGGUUCGAAAAUAUGAACGGAGACUUCGAAAUGAUCUCACGAAUAGAUGCACGAGGACCGCGGGAUUUGCGGCCACCUGUGAAACCGACAGCUUCUAAUGUCGCGAGCGGGCAUGCGGAUUCGGAUACCCAUUUGCCAUUUCCAAAUUACUCGUCGGAAGAUGGAAUAUCAAACUGUCUAUCAAAUAGUGCUGAUUAUCCAAGCAUGAACUCCCAUGAGCUGACGACUUUCUCUACCUUUCCGAGCGCCGAAUCAAGCACCCAGAGAAGACCGUCAGAUGCUUCAUUCAUCCCGCCCCAGGGUGUCCCUGAGGAGGUUGAAAUAUUUCAAAAUACAGGAUCACACGAUCUGGCUCAAAUUGCUAGAAGUACAAGUGAUAUCAACCGCGGCUUGACAAGGAACUCUGAUUCAUACAGGAUGCCACACGACAUAAGUUCAUUCUGCACGCCUCCCAGUGCUCUGAUUCAACAGCCUUUCCAACGCCCGGAAAUCCGCAACACUCUCAGAGCUGAUUUACAUGUGCGAUGUACCUAUUUCCAAGGUCGCCGCAAUCAAAGAGACAGCGAAAAAUGCGACAAUUCACAAUGA